AUGAGUGGCAUCCAGCGCUUCCUCACUAAGCGUGGGGAGAAAAAUCGACGAACUGCCAAGCAAGAAAAAGAGGUACCCAAUCUAGGUGUGCGUAGCUAUUUGCGGGGUCUUGUCAUCAAAAGUGAGACUGUUCCAAUCAAUGACACCAGCGAUGGGCAAAAGGUCAAAAAAUUAGAGCAACGACUCGCCUCGAUCGGAAUCCUCGACCUCGAUAGCGCACAAAUCCAUGGCGCACUCACAUCCCCGUACGCGCAGGGUGAUAUGGAAAAGGCGUUUGACUUGCUUAUGGUGAUUGAAGACUCGAUCGAGGGUAUUCUGUAUGAUUAUAACACAGAUGUAAAACUGUUGGGCGCAGUGAAUCGCCAGGGGGUUACAUGCUAUCUCGAUGCCCUCCUGUUCACAAUGUUUGCCCGCCUCGACUUUUUCGAAGCUAUCCUGUACCGACCCUUCACCGAUAACAACGAUCCACGGAGGAAAUUGGUCAUACUUCUUCGCUUGUGGGCGAAUAUGCUGAGGUCCGGAAGACUCAUUACAACGGACAUUACUCAACACUUGCAAGAAGCCCUGUCCGAAUGUGGUUGGACUGAGGCUGCCAAACUCCGCCAGCAGGAUGCAUCAGAGGCAUUCACCUUUAUUACAGAAAAGCUAGAGUUGCCUCUCCUGACUCUUAAAAUGGACAUCUACCACACUGGUAAGGAGGAUGUCGCCGACGACCACAAAUUCAUCAACGAGAGAUUGCUCGAAGUUGCAAUUCCGCCAGAACAUGAAGACGGCACUGCAAUUACUUUGGAAGAGUGCUUGGAAGCCUACUUCAACAACAAGAUUGAGGUCAAAAGAUACCUAGAGAGACGUGGCACGAUAAAUUCAGUGAGAUCGUUCGACUCGACAGCGAAAGCGGGAACUAUACAUGUUGAAACGGUUGAGGUGGGCUCAUCAACUCCAUCUCCUGUCAGGACGUCAUCUCCAAAAAUUGACUAUCCCUUAUCCGAGAAAUUCUCAGUCUCGGCUAUGUUAUCUCGACGCCCAAGCAUCGUUCAGGAACGGUUUGUUCCCGAUAAGGAUUCUCACGAUGACCUAGUUCAUCCUGGUCGAAAGAGAAAAGGAAGCUACCGCAAAGAGGUCAUGAUGCCGGCAUGGCAAUUCUUCAGUUUGAUUCCGUGGUAUACGGACAAUACUCCUAUGAAUGAUGCCCAAGUUGCAGAUCACUUCUCUUCGAAGCGGCCCAUUUUGGGCAUGUGCUUGAAGCGAUAUAGCGUUCUACCCAACGGCAAUGCUAUCAGGUUGAAUACAUUUAUUGAUAUCCCGACAGAGAUAGGAUUGCCACAUUUCAUCCAGGACGAUAGACUAGACGAGAACGGACCAUUGUAUGGCAAUUUCAAGCUGUCACUGCAGUCUGUUGUCUGCCAUAGGGGCAACACCGUUGAUUCGGGCCAUUACAUCUCACUUGUACGCGGCACCAAUGCCAAUCUGCCUGCGACCCCCCAUAGCGCCGAGACAAAUUCAUACGCCGGAAACAGUGACCUGUGGAUGCGUUUUGAUGACUUGGCUACCGAUCGAAUCAUACGCGUCAACAUUGACGAGGCGCUAAAAGAAGAGUCCCCAUACCUGCUUUUCUAUCAGAUUGUGCCAAUCGAUGAUAGUCUUACCGCCGAGAGUAUGAGUGAUAAGCGGGCAUCUCUGAUCAGUGGUUCCGAAGACCUGCAUGAUGAUGCAGAGAAGGAGAUUUUACUGUCUGCAGUCAGCCUAGAUUCAACGGGUCGGGCUGCAUCAUCUUCAGCUAGGCUCAGUUUCGAUCUUGCAAGUUUGCGUUCGACAUUGGAUAACACUGAGAAUGAUACAGCUAUCGAUGUCCAGACAGACAUCAAGGACGGCGCACAGAAGAACGCCAGUCUCCGCGACGCACUUGCCGCUCGUCGGUCUUUAUCCAUACCUCGCCAAACAAAGGAAUCACAAAGUCGUUCACGAAGCCGAGGUGGAGAUCAAUCAGGAGAGAAGCGUCUCGGUACGGCCUUUUCAAGAUUCACUUCACGAAUGAGCAAGGAGAAGAGUAUAGACAAUCCUCUCACGAAUGCCGAUGAGCAGGACGGUCAACAAGAUGCCGAAGGUGGUCGUGUCCCGUCCAUCUCUUAUGAUGAGACAGAGACCAAGGAACAGCAUCGAGGCCGGGAAUCAACACUCAAGCCGAGCAAUGGCAAACAGCGCCGCAAGCAGCCAACAAACAAGAAGGAGAGACCCGACAGGGAAUGCGUUGUGAUGUGA